UGGUUAUUAAUUUAUUUUUUAUUCUCUAGAAUACAAUUCCAGUCAUUUGUUGCUGUCAUUUUUUCCAAGCCCCUUUGUGCAAUCAUAGUCUGACACGUGGCGAACAGCAGUUUUUCCUUCAAGCAGGUUCUUACUGAGGUGCCUUGAAAUUCAGCAGGCCAUAACAUAUUUUUAUCUGCAAGUUGCCAUUUGCAGAAAGCCAUUAAGGAUAAUCUUACAAAAUAUAAGAUCAUGUGAUGUUGUUGCUGGGGCACUGUAUCAUAUUACAGCCAGAGCUUCACAACCUUUUCUCUUUGCAGUGCAGCAGCACAGCAGCAGCAGCAGCAGGGCUGCAUAAUUUAUCUGUAGGCAUUUAAAAAGAGCACUUUCAGUCAUGUCACUCCCAGCUGAGCAGGGGAGAUGUGCUCCAUAUGGGAACUAUAUUUGCCACACGUUUCAGGGAGGCAGCUGGGCAGACCGAUCCCCUCUUCAUGAUGCUGCCUUCCAGGGACGCCUUCUCUCUCUGAAAACCUUGAUUGCACAGGGUUUCAACGUGAACCUGGUGACCACGGACCGUGUGUCUGCUCUCCACGAGGCCUGCCUGGGUGGCCACGUGGCCUGUGCCAAGGUGCUGCUGGAAAACGGUGCCCAGGUGAAUGCAGCCACCAUCGACGGGGUCACUCCCCUGUUCAACGCCUGCUGCAGUGGCAGUGCAGCCUGUGUCAGCAUGCUGCUGGAAUUUGGAGCCAAGGCACAGCUGGGGAACCACCUGCCCUCGCCCAUCCACGAAGCAGUCAAGAGAGGUCACAGGGAGUGCAUGGAGACCCUCCUGGCCCAUGAGGUUGACAUUGACCAAGAAGACCCACAGCAUGGGACCCCUCUGUACAUGGCCUGCACGUACCAGAGAACAGAAUGUGUCAAGAAGCUUUUGGAGCUAGGAGCCAAUGUGAACGUGGGGAGGCGACUGGACACCCCCCUGCACGCGGCAGCGCGCAAAUCCAGCGUGGAGAUAGUUGUGCUGCUGACAGACUAUGGUGCUAACCCAAAGUGCAGAAAUGCUGACCUCAAAUGUGCCCUGGAUCUCGCCACACCCCACAGCAAAGUGGAGCAGGCACUUCUGCUUCGGGAAGGUCCUGCCAGCCUGGCCCAGCUGUGCCGGUUGUGCAUCAGAAGACAUCUGGGUCGGUCGUGCCUGCACACAAUCCCCAGGCUGCACCUGCCCGAGCCACUGCAGAGCUUCCUCCUCCAUCGAUAAUCUGGGGCUGCUUGGGACUGGAAAAGAAAGAGGAACAAAUGGUUGUUUACUCCAAGAUUCUUGUAUCAAAGGAAA